AUGACAGUAAUGAGCUGGAGCGAAUUUGCCAAAAGCAUGGAUGCCCAUCAUGAUGACCAAGAAGUUUUAGACCAAUUCAUGGGCACAUUAGCAUUGAGUUAUGAGCACCUAGCUUUUCAUUUAAAGUUAUGCUUUCUUUGUUUUGCAAUAUUCCCAGAAGACCAUGCGAUACCUCUUAAAAGAUUAAUACUAUCAUGGAUAGCCGAGGGAUAUAUAGAAAGGGUUGACAAUAUGAGCCUAGAAGAUGUUGCAAUGAGUUAUUUGAUGGAUCUUGUUGAUAGAAAUUUAGUUAUUAUUGCCAAGAAAUGGUCUAACGGUGAAGUCAAGGCUUGUUCUGUUCAUGAUAUGCUUAGAGAUUUAUGUAUCAAGAAAUUUAAGGAAGAUGAAUCCUUCAGGGUACUUCACUUGUACAAAUGGGUUCAUGACAACAAUUCCUCCAACCUACAGUGUUGGAGUCGUCACCACUCUAUCCAAACCUUAUGUGUUCAUUCUCAUUGUAGUUGUGGAGCUAAUUUUCAUGAGCAUUCCUGUGCACCAUAUAUCCGAAUCCCCUUGCAUUGUGGAUCUAGAUUAUCUUUAUAUAGAUUCCUCCGAUUGUUGGAUCUAAAUGAUGUGACAUUUCAUGGUUUUCCCACAUUAGCAUUACAGCUAGUGCAUUUGAAGUACUUGGCUCUUCGUGUUAAACGUGUUGGGAGGCACAGACUACUAAUAUAUAGUCUCUGGAACUUGGAAACUUUCAUUCUUAGGCAUGGAGGAGAGACUGAUUUGAUUCUAGGACGAGGUAUUUGGAAGAUGGCAAAAUUGAGGCAUCUAUAUGUCUAUCCUAGUUUCGCAAUUGAAAUGCCUUGUGAUUGUUUUCCAAAUUCUCUGUUGCUUGAUGAUAUGCAGACCAUGACCACAUUGAAAUUUUCAUUUCUUAUCCAAGAGGUGCUAGCAAGAACUCCUAAUAUUAGAAAGCUGGGAAUUUAUCUAAAUGAGAAGGAUUCUCUUUCCCUUCUUGAUUUCGCAGGCUUGAAUCAUCUCGAGACAUUGGAAAUUAACUGGUUUAGUACUCUGUAUAGCAAAGUGCCUGUAGGCAUUCCUAAUCAUAAAACAUUUCCUCCGAACGUGAAGAAGCUCACACUGACAACUGGCUGCUUGGAGUGGAAGGACAUGACAAUCAUUGGAUUGUUACCAAACCUUGAGGUUCUAAAAGUGAGAUACAAUUGUUUCAGCGGACCAGUUUGGGAAACAUGUGAUGGAGGGUUCUGCAAUCUCAAGUUCUUGGAAUUGUGCAAUUUGGACUUUAAACAGUGGAUUUCUUCUGAUAGCGAUUAA